AAUCUUGAAGCAAAACAUGACCCCACAUAUGACACUUUCAUCUGACGUGUCAAAAUCCCAUUGGACACCAAAAAUACUAUAUAAAUCUGGGCAAAAAAAAUUUCACACCCAAAAUGGCAGCUAAAAAACGACCGUCAAGGUCGUCCACGACGACGACGGCGCCGGCGACAAUAACCGCCGUAAAUCCAAAAUCCGGCGAGGCAUCACCGGAACCUCCAAUAGCACCGGCGAAACUCUACCUAAUUUUCAAAAUCUCAUUGAUUUUCUUAAUUCCUUACUUCUACUUGAUAUUUUAUCACUACAAAUUCGAAUCGGAGCUCCGAAAAUCGAUUUUAAUUAAUGCAGUUGUUAGCUUCAUCGGAUUUCUUGUUACGGUUACUAUGAUACCUGUUGCAUCGAAAUAUGUGUUGCGAAGGAAUUUGUUUGGUUAUGAUAUUAAUAAGAAAGGCACUCCUCAAGGCUCAGUCAAAGUACCUGAGUCACUAGGUAUUAUUGUUGGAGCUGUGUUCUUGGUCGUUGCUAUCUUGUUUCAGUAUUUCAACUUCACAGCUGAUUCAAACUGGCUUGUUGAGUACAAUGCUGCAUUAUCUUCAAUCUGCUUCAUGAUGCUUCUUGGGUUUGUGGAUGACGUCCUUGAUGUACCUUGGAGAGUGAAGCUGCUAUUACCCUCCAUUGCAGCUCUUCCAUUAUUGAUGGCAUAUGCUGGGCAUACAACUAUUAUUAUACCAAAGCCCCUUGUAUCAUAUAUUGGAUUAGAGAUCUUGGAUCUAGGAUGUAUCUACAAAUUAUAUAUGUGGCUAUUGGCAAUAUUUUGCACAAAUUCGAUCAAUAUCCAUGCUGGUAUCAAUGGCCUUGAAGUUGGGCAGACAGUCGUUAUUGCAGCUGCUAUUUUGAUACACAACAUCAUGCAAAUUGGAGCAUCUGGCGAUCCUGAAUACAAACAAGCCCAUGCUUUUUCUAUUUACCUUAUUCAGCCAAUGCUUGCUACUUCCUUGGCUUUGCUUUCAUACAACUGGUAUCCUUCCUCAGUUUUCGUUGGUGAUACUUUUACGUAUUUUGCCGGAAUGACCAUGGCAGUGGCUGGAAUUUUGGGUCACUUUAGUGAGACACUGCUUAUAUUCUUUUUGCCGCAAGUUCUGAACUUCCUCCUAUCGCUACCUCAGCUCGCUGGUAUUAUACCUUGUCCAAGGCAUCGGCUCCCUAAGUUUGAUCCUCAGACCGGCUUAUUAACCGGAACAAAUGAUGGGACUCUAGUGAACUUUUUCUUAAGGCAAUUGGGCAGAAUGUCGGAACAAUCUCUUUGUGUCGCGCUGUUGACCUUUCAGGCCAUUUGCUGCGGCUUCUGUUUUCUGCUGAGAUGGCUACUUACGGGUUGGUACAAAUGAAGGUAUGAUGCAAGAAGAGCUAUUUCAAUUGAACGAAUUCCAUCGGAAGAUUAACUUAACCCGCAUGAAAAGGUCUUUAUUUUAUGGAGAAACAACGAUACAGUACCAUAUACUUUGAAGAAAGUGAUAGCCAUACAUUCAUGCACAAUAGUCGAAAUGCACCAAUAUUGUUUGGAGCCUGUAACCUAUACUGAUUUCUUAGGAGAAUUUUGUUAGAAACUGCAUUGGCACGGGUUGUACUUCAGUUUUCUUUGUGAGAUUUUGAUGUUGUUAAGACACAUUUAUCUUGGUAAUAUGUUUGUAAUGAUCUUUGCAUUAGUUGAUUAUCUUGAAUGCUUCUUGCUUGUCAA